UAUUAUCACUACACACGAAUGCAGCCAGUUAGUAGACGAUGGCUUAAAUAUGUAAACGCAGCUCUGGCUGAAUCGUGUCUUUAAAAAACGAGCAAACUAAAGAGACGAAAUCCUAAUGGUGACGAGAUGAAGAUGAAAUCUGCCAAGAAGAAGUCUUUGCUAAACGAAGCAAAGAGAGGGGAGAGGCAACACGAUGUGGGUGCAGUUAAAACUGAAGAUGAAUUGGAGCUGGAUGGUGAGGCUGAGGAAGGCUCCCGUGAAGUUUACACUAACGGAGAUGGUCUUAGCAUCCAUAUCAAGGAGGAGCCACAUGCAAAGGAGAUCUGCGGGGAGUAUAAUGAAGACGCAUCAAGCUGUCCAGACACUAAGCCUGACAAUGUGACAUCCAGGUCAGAUGUUCACCAUCAACGGGUGCACAUAAAGGAUGAGUGUGACUCUGGCCAUCAGCCAGAAUAUGAAUUCACUCAAACUGCUGUCAAGGAGGAGUCAGAGUCGUGGAUCAAAGAGGAUAGAGACAGUGAAGAGGAGGCAGAAACCCAGGAAGAUUAUGGGGAGGGAGAGGAGGUCUGCACAGAGUCAUCAUCCAAGUUCUUUCCAUGUCCUCACUGCACUGUCUCCUUUACUGACUUGGACUUCUUGGAGAAGCAUGUCAAGUGGGUCCACCAGAAACAGUAUCUUGCAAAACUGAAAAAAUGCCUCUCAAGCCGCACACUAAACCUCAUUCCUAAACACACUUGCACUAUCUGCAGCAGCACCUUUAACUCUAAAGUACACCUUAGGGUCCAUGUACAUGAAGCCCAUCCUUCUGCCCCUCCUCGCAGGCUCCACCCCUGCCCAACCUGUGCGCGCAGCUUCCAGUACCUGAAGAAUCUUAAGAAUCACUGUCAGCGCUGGCACAACAUGUCUGUGGUUACCACAGGAGGGCAUCUCAGCUGUGCUGACUGUGGGAAGAGUUUCAAAGCUACCUGGGGUCAAGGGCCACAUUUGUGUCAUGAACCAGAUAACACAGAACCUGAGGAUAAACCAAUCUGUCUGGACACUGGUGUGCAGUGUCCAGAAUGUGGCAAGAAGGUGCGCACUCCUCAAAGCUUGGAGGAUCACAUGCGCACACACACAGGUGACCGGCCGUUUGUCUGCAAAGAUUGUGGCAGGAGGUUCGUGGAGCGCAGUGGUUGGCGGCAACACAUGAAAAUACACACAGGGGAGAAGCCGUACAAAUGCCAGGUGUGCGGGAAAGCCUUUUUAAGAUCACAUCACCUCAAGUGCCACUUAACGACACACUCUGGCAAGAAGGAAUAUUCUUGCUCCGAAUGUGGAAAGGAGUUUGGAUUCAAGUCGAGCCUUGAUCUGCACCUGAGGACACAUUCUAGUGAGAGACCCUUCCACUGCAAUGUGUGUGGGAAGAACUUUAACACCCAGAGAAAUCUGAGGGUUCACACCAAACUCCACACCAAUGAGAAAGCUCACCAGUGUGGGGACUGUGGGCUGAAGAUCGGAGAUCUCGGGGCUUUGAAAAUACACCUGCGAACACACACAGGAGAAAGACCUUACCACUGCACAGUCUGUGGAAAUAGGUUCAUUCGCCUUGCACAUUUGCGAAACCACCAACGCACCCACACUGGUGAAAGACCCUACAAAUGCACUGAAUGCGACAAGAGUUUCACUCAAUCUGGUGACCUGGUGAAGCAUAAGCGCAUACACUCUGGGGAAAAGCCCUUUGAAUGUCCAGACUGCCACCGAUGUUACACUUCUUCUGGCGAUCUUGGCAAACACAGGAGGAGUCACACUAACCUGCGUCCCUACACAUGUCAAGAAUGUGGAAAAAGUUUUCGCUUGUCAGGCCAUUUGAAAACUCACAUGUUAACUCACACAGGGGAGAAGCCAUAUUCCUGCCCCAACUGUCUCCGCAGGUUUGCUCGCUCUCACCAUCUUUCUGGUCACGUGGCGAAAUGUCGCUGAGCUCUUUUGAGAGGAUUGUAAAUAAGCUAGUCUUGAUCUAAUAUGGUAAUUAUAGAAGCUGUAUACAGUGUACUACUAGAUUUUUUUUUAUGAAUGUGUUGACAAGAAAACUCAUAUUUGUAAAUAAUUAUUUAUAUGAACUUUCUGUAACCCUCUUGACUCAGAUGACUGUUUUAACUUAUUAUCACACAGUUUGUUAUUGCAUGGAACUUUUACAGAACUAUCCCAAGUCCUGUAUGAUUUUUUUUUCCAGAGUAGCUCUAGACUGGCUGUUUAAGACACUAUCAUAACAGAUGCUUGAGGACAUGAUAUAAGGCAGAGUUCUAUAUGACAUGCAGAUAAUGGGAUGUUUUUUGCCACUGAUCAAUGCUGUAUU